AUGUCUGUCGAGAACGGUGAAACACCUAAGCUCUACACUUUGGCAGAGGGACUGCCUCAGGCUAGCGAGUCUACGAUCGAGACACUCCAGACGGGUAGUGGCGGUGGAUACGUGCUCCUGACAAGCACACAGCUCACUGAGAAUCUUGCUCAUUUCUCUCGCGAGCGCAUUCCUGAGCGCAGUGUACAUGCCAAGGCAGCCGGAGCAAGAGGCCAUUUCGAAGUUACCGACGACGUCAGUGAUCUCACGGAUGCCGACUUUCUGACAGGAGUUGGGAAGAAGACGGAGGUUCUUGCCCGUAUAUCGACAGUUGGUCCUGCACGAGGCUCUGCGGAUACUGUGAGAGACUUCCGAGGCUGUGCCAUCAAGUUCAAGACCAGUGAAGGUAACAAUGACUGGGUCUUCAACAACCAGCCUGUGUUCUUCGUACGGGAUCCUGUCAAAUUCUCAUCGAUGAAUCGGAGCCACAAACCUGACCCCAUGACCAACACCAUGAACUCCGACAUGUUCUGGGAUUUCCAUACCAACAAUCAGGAAGGGAUUCACGCGUUGAUGUUUCUGUUUGGAGACCGAGGCAUACCAUCCUCGGUUCGCCAUCUUAACAUGUACUCUGGCAACACGUACACCUUCACGAAGGCUGAUGGAUCUUAUCGAUUUGUCCGUAUUCACAUCCUGACCAACCAAGGCAUCAAGUAUCUUACCAACCCAGAAGCUGCCAAGCUUGCUGGUACGAACCCCGAUUAUCACCUCGAGGAUCUGUUCCAGGCGAUUCGAAAGGGCGAGUUUCCCUCGUGGAAUGUUUGUGUACAAGUGAUCAACCCCGAAGACAUCGGGAGCGCACCGAUGAGCGUCUUUGACAUGACCAAGAUCUGGCCACACAGACAAUAUCCCCUGCGGAAGAUUGGAGUCAUGACUUUGGACACCAACCCUAAGAACUGGUUUGCCGAAAUCGAGCAAGCAGCGUUCAGCCCGAGCAGCAUGGUCAGAGGCAUAGCGCCGAGCCCGGACAUAAUGCUCCAGGCCCGGAUGUUCGCGUAUCCCGAUGCUUCGAGGUAUCGUAUUGGGGUCAACUACCAGUUCCUCCCGACCAAUGCAGCUGUGAGUGAGGUUCACUGUCCGAUCGAACGCGACGGCUUCAUGAACUUUACCGCCAACUACGGGGACGACCCCAACUAUAUCGGGAGCGCCAUCAAACCGCUCAAGUUCAAGUCUGGCAAGGAUGCCGUGAAGUUGGCGGAGGUCAAAGGCUCCCGGACUCUUGACCAAACGGACAACGGCGCACCGAUAUCCUAUACAUCAGAGGUUACAGACAAGGACUUCGAGCAGGCAACUGCUCUGUGGAAUCUGUUGGCCAAACAGGAUGGUGCUCAGCAAAGGUUCGUGAACAAUGUUGCAGCACACAUUGCUGGCGUUCAGCGGAAAUGGCUCAGAGACGCGGCUUUCGCAAUGUUCAGGCGAGUGGACAAAGACCUGGGCGAUAGGAUUGAGAAGACGACAGAGGGCAAGAUCAGUAACCAGCACGAGCAUCCGCACAAGACGGCCUGGCAUUGA